AUGUCAAUCGAAAACCUCAAGACCUUCGACCCCUUCGCCGAAGCUGACGAAGACACCGGCGAUACAAAACAGUCUCAAAAUUAUAUCCAUAUACGGAUUCAGCAACGCAAUGGUCGUAAGACUCUGACAACUGUUCAAGGUCUCCCGAAAAAGUUCGACCAAAAGAAAAUCCUCAAGGUCAUCAAGAAGAAGUUUGCCUGCAAUGGCACCAUCGUCAAUGACAGUGAGAUGGGCGAGGUGAUCCAGCUCCAGGGGGAUCAGCGCAAGGAUGUCCAAGAAUUUUUGGUCGAUAAAAAGGAAGGGCUUGAGCUCGACGCCAAAACUAUAAAGCUCAUCACGCCCGUCCCGCUUUCGUCUUCCCAGCCCACUCCAGAGGAUCGAGAAGCAAUGUCGUUCGUCGCCUUUGUUCGCUGA